CACAGGCUGCCCAGGGCUUGCCAGAACAAGAUGUCUGCAAGGCUGGAUCCCCGAGAGAAUCCCAGGUCGCUAGCGUUGCAUCGCGCCGGGUCCUGCCAACUUCGCGCCAAAGGGAGCGAGCAGCCCGCGAGUGGCCAGGCAUGAUAGUAAAUCAGUUACCUGGUAGAAAAGGCUCCUGGAAUUGGUUUCACUGAAUUUCUGAUCUUUUACAUGGAUAUCUUGAAACAAAAACAUUCUGACUAGGGCCUGGAGUAAUGAUUGAGGUGUGACGAGUCAGAUGAAAAAAAUGGAAGAAGGUGGCUCUUACAUUGACACCCUCAGAAGUGUUGCCCCUGUGGCCCAUGGCCGCGGAGUACGAUACUCGGAGGCCUGGGAGUAUUUUCACCUGCCCUUGGCCCACUCUGGCCUUCCUGCCAGUCAGUAUGCCACCUGUAGGUUGUGUGGAAAGCAGGUCAGCCGGGGCCCAGGGUCCAACGUUGGAACCACCGCUCUGUGGAAGCAUCUGAAGAGUAUGCAUAAGCAGGAACUGGAAAAGAGCGGGCACCGACAGGCUGGGCCUCGCCCAGAAGCAGUGCUUCCUCUUCCACCCUCCCCGCCACCAGGCGUAGAAGGAGACUGGGGCCGCCUGAUGGAGCAGAUGGGAGCACUGGCUUUACGGGCAAGCCAACGGGAGAGGGAACUGGAGAAGAGGGAGAGAGCAGUGGAGAGGAGAGAGAGAGUCCUAGAAUUAAGGAAGAGGGCCAUUGAAGAGGAGGAGAAGGAUUUAUCAGAGAAGAGGCAGGAGCUUCAGGCUGAGAAGGAGGGGCUGCAAGCCCGGCUCCUGGAAGUAUGUCAAAGGGAAAAUGCUUUGGCCCUGGCCACUGCCCCUCUGUCCACCCUGAUCAAAGAGGAGCAAGAAGAUCGUGGUGAGGGCUACUUAAUAACCAAAGUCCUUUUCUAGACUGUUGACCUUAAAUCAUCCUGAGGUAAAGCAGAACCCCCAUGCUUUCUCCCUGCUGCUUAGAUGGUGGUAGGAGCUGGACAUCUUUGAGUUUCAAUACCUAUGACUUUUCCUGAUGUUGAUAAUCGUGAGUUUAUGCUUAUUGGGGACACACAGAAUGUCAGUCUAUAGCUCAGUAUAGCCAUCUCCUCACCGUGACCCUACCCUUCAGCCCUCUCCACUCCUAGGGCCCAGGCCUCCAUUACACUUCACAGCAAUGUCCUCACCAGGGGUACUACCUUCCCCUUUCCGCCCACCCUUCCCCUUUUAGGUAUUGUCUUCCCCCUGAACUCAGAACACCAGAGUCAUAUACAAGGCAGGUUCAAUCACCUAGAACCCUGAGACGCUGGAAGUCACUGUGCCUAAUUAUAGAUUCUCUUCUCAAAUUAUGUGCCCAUCUACAGAUGAUCAGAUCAGUCCUGAAAAACAACGGCCCAGAUAAAAGUUGUAUGAGCUUUGCUUCUAGAUUAGGACAAAGCCGAGGAGAUGCGUUUAGCUGGGGUCUCCUCAGUCUGUGGACUCUUAUCCUCCUUCAUGACCUCAUUUGGAGUUUUCUUGGCAAGGAUACUGGAGUUAUUUGU